GCGGCUCGGCUGCCGCCCCGCUGCCCGCCCGCUCCCGGCGCCUCAGCGCGGCACGCAUGCCAAGGCCCGGCGGCGCCAGGUUGUCUUCUGAAUUUUGGGUCUGAAGGUACCCUCUUGCUUUCUCAGCAAAUCAUGGACAUCGUUGGCUUUCUGAAGUCUCAAUUCAUUUGCCACCUUCUGAUCUGCUACAUAUUUAUAGUGUCAGGACUGAUCAUUAACUUCAUUCAACUCUUUACACUUAUACUUUGGCCAAUCAACAAGCAACUGUUCAGGAGGAUCAACUGCAGACUGGCUUACUGCAUUUCAAGCCAGAUGGUGAUGUUGCUGGAAUGGUGGUCAGGCACUGAUUGCACCCUCUACACUGACCCAGAGAGUUACCACAAGUAUGGGAAGGAGAAUGCCAUCGUAAUCCUUAAUCACAACUUUGAAAUCGACUUUCUCUGUGGUUGGAACUUUUGUGAAAGAUUUGGGGUCUUGGGGAGUUCCAAAGUGCUUGCAAAGAAGGAGCUCUCCUACAUGCCUGUCAUUGGCUGGAUGUGGUAUUUCCUAGAGAUAGUCUUCUGCAAGCGUAAGUGGGAGGAAGAUCGGAAAACAGUCAUGCAGAAGUUGCUGAAUCUCCGGGACUACCCUGAAAACUUUUGGUUCCUAAUUCAUUGCGAGGGCACAAGGUUCACAGAACAGAAGCACCAGAUUAGCAUGCAAGUAGCCGAAGCCAAAGGCUUGCCCAAGCUCAAGUAUCAUCUUCUGCCACGAACGAAAGGAUUUGCUGUCACCGUGCAGUGUUUGAGAAAUGUAGUUUCUGCAGUCUAUGAUUCUACCCUCAAUUUUAGAAAUAAUGAGAAUCCAACAUUGCUGGGAGUUCUAAAUGGAAAGAAAUAUCACGCAGAUUUAUAUGUAAGGCGGAUUCCACUAGAGGAAGUCCCAGAAGAUGAGCAGGAAUGUUCUAACUGGCUCCACAAACUGUAUCAAGAAAAGGAUGCAUUCCAGGAAGAAUACUACCGAACAGGAACCUACCCAGCAGUCCCUAUAGUACCACCCCGACGACCGUGGACGCUUUUGAACUGGCUUUUCUGGGCCUUAUUGCUGCUAUAUCCUUUAUUCAAGCUGCUCAUGAACAUGAUCAACAGUGGAUCAUCACUGACACUGGCUAGUUUUGCAUUUGUCAUUGUAAUAGCUUCUGUUGGUGUCAGAUGGAUGAUAGGCGUUACAGAAAUUAACAAGGGCUCCACCUAUGGCAACAAUGACAACAAGCAGAAACAAAAGUAGUAUCUUCAGAGACUGCUUCAAUCCAAAGGGAACAAAUGCAACUUCUGAAAACUCUUAAGUGCAUAUCAUGGUCCUUCAAGUGAGAUCAGAGGAAGGGUAGGAUGAGCAAUUGCCAUGCAUAUCUGAAUUUGUGCUCCUGUUAUUUUUCUCUGGGGGUUUGGGCUGGAUGACAUGCUUGAAAGAUGCACUCCUUCGUAUACUCUCCACAACAGGUUUGCAUUUGUUUGGUUGGUUUAUUUUCCUAUGAAGUGUCUUAAGUUUUGAAGAAAAAAAAAAACAAAACACCAACAAUAGUCCAGUGUGCUUGUAUGGUGAGAUUCUACCUGGAAACUAACCAGAGGUGCAGGCUUUAUCUUUCUUAACUUGCUCUAAGGAAUGGAUAAUGUCAGAAGAUUGUUACAAGAUGAUUAAAAUUGAUAGUUGUGUAGAUCACACGUUAACAGUUUAACAAACAUAAUCUGUCAAUGUUUAAACACAGUAAGAUGCUCUGCUUGGUUAUACCAGUAUUGGACUGAAGCAGCUCUACUGAACUGGCAGAACUGCAGUAGAGUUUUUCUACAUCUAGAACUUACUCCCACAAUGUGCACCACAUGGGCCCUUUAAAACUUCAGCCAGGCCCCGGCUAAGGGCCCACUUCGUUAGAUCGGAGCCUUGCAGUGGCAUAACCUGGAGUGGAAUUUGGCCUUGUGGCCUGAACAGAGCUACAUUACCCACUGCCACAUCUUUCCCCAGGCAGUACAUCAGAGGGAGAGCUGAAACCUGUAAUUCUUUUGAGAGUAAAUGCUAUUUGUAGUUUGGAAAAACUGAGGUAAUAAAAUUCCUUUCAGCUUUAAACACUGAUUAAAAUUCUAGGCCUUCCUAACAAUGGUGGAAACAAAACAACUGGGUAUGCUGUAACUCAGUAAUGCAAAGCAUGCAGUAAAAGUUAUGCCCCACACCCACACUGUUGUAAUCCCAAUUAAUCUGCUUGUCUGUCUUUUCUGAUAAAUUAGUUUACAUGGUGCCUUGUAACAGUCAGCCUGAGGCAAUAGUUAAAUUAUCUUUUGCUUUUCUUUUGGGGAGAAGAGGGGAAAGUAGGAGAGAGACCUAGGACAGUGGUAUGGCUUAGAGUUUUUUAUGGCUGUCUGGACUUGCUUUGACACCCUUCUGAAGACACCCUUCUGAAUUAAAUAAAACUAGAAUCAAGCUCCUUGGGAAAACUGUGUUGCUCUGACAUCCCUGGUACUGAUUCCAGGGCAGCAUUCUCUUUUUAAACUUCAAGAGUUAAGGAUAUGCAAGUUACUACAGAGAGCUUGUUUAAAAAAAGAAAAAAGGAAAAGAGGGGACUUCCAGCUAUCAGCAAUGAUGACUGAAAAAACCCCAAUCUUUUAAAAGCUAAAGAUACUGAUGCUGAGCAGCAGGGAUUAUGAUUGGCACUUUCAAUGAUGGUACAUUUUCAUUGCACAUAGGACUAAACGAUGAUAGUCUAGGAAUGAAGAGCCCGUGUGUGUCUAGAGAAGGUGGUGAGCAGUUGUCUUCGUUCUAGCAGCUGAUAUAAAAACCAUUUCUCUUUUCCUAUAAUGAAACUGAAGCCAGAAGAAACAGGGACUAAUACAACAGAAUAUGAAUCAUUCCAUGAAAUAUGCAUUUGCUGUUCAGUACCUCAGAUCAUCUAGAAACUAGUCUCUUUAAUAUGCAGCACCUAAAGACCAGGUGUAGUAGUGCUUUUAGCAUGGGGCAGUAAGUAAAGUUUUUUGAGAGUGGAGGCAGUAAAAUGUACAACGUGAAGGAAGGAAUAAGCCUUGGGAAGUGUGAGGGACUAGUUUUGAGAGCUUUUCCCCCCCCCAUCUUGUGUACAUAUGCAUUCCCUAUGCUGUGAAGCUUUCUGGAAUAGAUUGUAUGAUGUAAUGAACAUAAACAUGGGCUUUAGUGUAGUUUUUCCAACACAUGAAAUAGAGCCUGAGAUCAGAAAAUACUGCCAUGCUUAUAAAGCUAUUCUUUUAAUAAAGCACAUACCCUGCACUGUAUUUGCUAAAACAAUCUUAACAGUGGAAAACUGAGUAUUAUAACCUGUAGCAGAGUCUGAAGGUCCAGCUAUCCCCUAGUAAUGCAUCAGGCAUGUUAAUGAGCCAGACCUGAAGACACUGUACACAAGACAGGGUGGGAGUGGGAGAGAGAAAAGAUCUCUCCAAGCUAGCAUUUUACUGUAAACCUUACCUAGCAGAUAGAAACAGUGGGCUUUUCUCAGGGGGUUAGAAUGAACCCUAGAUGCAGGGGGGAGUAGUUCUGAGCAGCAAAUACAUAUUCAUGUAAUGACAGAGACUAGCUUUUUUGCCUUUUUAAAGAGCCACUGAUUUAACAUGCUGGUAGGGAGACAUUUAACAUUCCUUACGAAUCUUAGUCCUUUCCUCUCCAGCUGCAUGCAGUGCCACUUCUCCCAGAGGAAAAUACCAAACAUGUAAAUACUUCUGAAAGAGUAGUUAGACUAUUUCAUACCCAAUUCCCUGGGACCAACCCUUAGAACAGGCUGAGGGCCAAACACGCCACUCCUAGAUCCGUCCUCGUAAGCACUCCUAGAAGUCCCAGCGCACAAGGACUGCACCACUGGGCCCUUCCAGCGUUCACUGUCAAACAGAGAAAGCUUAAUGGUACUUGCCAAAGUUAAACUAGUCCAGUUCACUGUAUUAAAAGAAUGACCUAUGUCAUUAGGAAGCAGUGUUUGCCCCUCGUCCCCACAAGCAACUGUGUGUUCUACAACUGCCUUAACAAAAGUAGUCUUAACGUUUGUUUAUACAAAAAUAAAAGUAUA